UCUCCGCUUUUAGGGGGAGGUUUUUCACCAGCUCGGACUCUCGUUGUUUAACAGCAUUUAUCCACCAGGAAUUGCCAAAAUACCCUGUAGGAUUCCUCAAAGUACCGCCGUUUUGUAGUAAUAUCUCGACAAACUCCAUUCCAGCUCUGGGGUAUUUUGUUCGAGUGAGUUUAACAACUUUCGGACUAAUUUUUUUCGGGACUUAAUUCCUUGGCGAGUCGAGUUGUUCUGCGCUCGCGCAACUCCCUCGAUUUACUUUGGGUUAGCAAGGUUAAACAUAGCAAAAACCGACAAAACACGGUCUUAAAUGUUUAUAGUUUGCUAACCUUAAAGCGUUUAGUUUUUUCUGGCUCUUGUUGAGUGUUUUUGUUUUACAGACAGGGGAAAGCACAUUUUUCUUUUGCUCAAAUCUGGUGAAAAUAUGCUCGAACUUGUUAGCUUAACGGCGAUAGUUAAGUGAACGUCGUGAAGGGGCCACGCUUUAAAGUCUGGAUUAACUGUUUUUCGGGAAGUUUUUCCUGCAUCAAAUCUUAGCCCAGGAGUCUUCCUUAUCUAACACAGCCUGGACUCUUUCACAGCUCCCCGCCAGUAAGCACUGUGAAUGACCUGCUGCUGAUGCCCAUCAGGUCUGAAUGGAGAUCCGGUCGCAGAAAAGCCAACAGUUGUAGCUCCCUCAGCAGGAUGCUGAGGCAAAGUAUACUUCUGUUUCUGGCUUUAUUCGCCCAAGUUUUAAGGACCCAGUGUCGGCCUGCCAACACAGAUGAAGUCAACUCAGAAACACAAGCACAGCUCUUCACCCUUGAUUUUGGGGAUCGUUUGGAUCUGACAUGCCCUGACAAGGAUUCCCACCAUGCUGUCAACUGGACCAAAGACCAUGUGGCGAUAGUUGAUGGAGAACACACACAUAUCCGCAAUGGCCAGCUGGAGAUAGAGACAGUGGAGCUGGCGGACUCUGGCCUGUACACAUGCACCACCUUUGGCAACCGCAGCAUCAACUUCAAUGUCACAGUUAAUUCCCUUGCCUCAUCUGAGGAUGAAGAUGAAGAUGAAGAGUCUUCAUCAGAAGAAGCAAAGUUGUUGGGCAGCCAAAAACUGCUGCCUAUGGCUCCACAAUGGGCACAACCGGAAAAAAUGGAGAAGAAGCUUCACGCUGUCCCAGCCAGUAAGACUGUGAAGUUUCGCUGCCAGGCCAGUGGUAACCCCACCCCCACGCUGAAAUGGUACAAGAACGGCAAGGAAUUCAAAAGAGACCAUCGCAUUGGAGGCUUCAAGGUCCGUGACCAUAUUUGGUCCAUCAUCAUGGAAUCUGCUGUGCCCUCUGACAAGGGAAACUAUACCUGUGUGGUGGAAAACCAGUAUGGUAGCAUCAACCACACCUACCAGCUGGAUGUAGUCGAGCGUUCUCCCCACAGACCCAUCCUUCAGGCAGGUUUACCAGCAAAUCGCACUGCAGUGGUUGGCAGCGAUGUGGAGUUCGAGUGCAAGGUGUUCAGUGACCCUCAGCCUCAUAUCCAGUGGCUGAAGCACAUCGAAGUCAAUGGGAGCCGUGUUGGUCCUGAUGGCUUACCAUAUGUCCGAGUCUUAAAGCAUUCUGGGGUCAAUAGCUCGGACGCUCAGGUGCUGACCCUCUACAAUGUGACUGAGGAGGAGGGCGGGGAAUAUACAUGUAAAGUGUCCAAUUAUAUAGGAGAGGCCAAUCAGUCGGCCUGGCUGACUGUCACCAGAUAUGGGCCCACAGCAGUCCCACACUAUCCUCCAGCCAACCACACCUACCUGGAGGUGGUCAUCUACUGCGUGGGGUUUUUCAUCAUCGUCAUGGUUGCCAUCACUAUUAUUGUUAAGAUUCGCACCUCCUCCAAGAAGAGUGACUUCAACAGCGAGCUGGCUGUCCACAAGCUGGCCAAACGCAUCCCCCUGCGCAGACAGGUAACAGUGUCUGUGGACUCGAGCACCUCCAUCCACUCUGGAGUGAUGCUGGUCCGUCCCUCACGCCUCUCCUCUAGUGGCUCUCCAAUGCUCUCAGGGGUUUCUGAAUAUGAACUUCCCCAGGAUCCCCGCUGGGAGCUUCCCCGUGACAGACUGGUUCUUGGAAAGCCUUUGGGUGAAGGCUGCUUUGGUCAGGUGGUGAUGGGAGAGGCUCUUGGUCUUGACAAAGAGAAACCAAACUGUGUGACUAAAGUUGCAGUUAAAAUGCUGAAAUCUGAUGCUACAGAGAAGGACCUGUCAGACCUGAUUUCAGAGAUGGAGAUGAUGAAGAUCAUUGGGAAGCACAAGAACAUCAUUAAUCUGCUGGGAGCCUGUACACAGGAUGGUCCUUUAUAUGUGAUUGUGGAAUAUGCCUCUAAAGGCAACUUGAGGGAGUACUUGAGAGCACGGCGCCCACCAGGAAUGGAGUACUGCUACAACCCUGACCAGGUUCCUGUGGAAAACAUGUCCAUCAAAGACCUGGUGUCCUGUGCCUACCAAGUGGCCCGAGGCAUGGAGUAUCUGGCUUCCAAGAAGUGCAUUCACAGAGAUCUAGCAGCUCGCAAUGUUUUGGUAACUGAAGACAACGUGAUGAAAAUAGCUGACUUUGGCCUUGCAAGAGAUAUCCACCACAUUGAUUACUACAAGAAGACCACCAAUGGCCGUUUACCAGUCAAGUGGAUGGCUCCAGAGGCUCUGUUCGACCGGAUAUACACACACCAAAGUGAUGUCUGGUCAUUUGGGGUGCUGCUGUGGGAGAUCUUCACCCUGGGAGGCUCCCCAUACCCUGGAGUCCCAGUGGAAGAGCUGUUCAAGCUGCUGAAGGAAGGUCACCGUAUGGACAAGCCCUCCACGUGCACUCAUGAGCUAUAUUUGAUGAUGAGGGACUGCUGGCAUGCCGUGCCCUCACAGAGACCCACAUUCAAACAGCUGGUGGAGGAUCUAGACCGCUGCCUGGCCAUGACAUCCAACCAGGAGUAUUUGGAGCUGUCUGUUCCUUUGGACCAAUACUCCCCCAGUUACCCAGACACCCGCAGCUCGACCUGCUCCUCAGGCGAGGACUCGGUCUUCUCCCAUGAUGCCGGAGCUGAGGAGCCCUGCCUGCCAAAGUUCCCUCCUCACUCCAACGGGGCAGCCAUUAAGAAACGCUGAUACCUCAUCUCCAUUCAAACAUUGACAUUUCCUCUGCUCCCUGCCUCAUGGGGUUAGACUCUUCCCCACAUUCCCAGAGAUGAAGCUAAAAACACUGGUGCUCUGUGAGAAAGGAGCGUGGAGACACCUUGUAGAACUCGUUGGAUCACAUGGACUGAAGACUGCAGCCAUUUCCUGGUUCUUGGUGGCGAUUUGGCUACAGCGCAUAUGGGGCACUUUGUUUUAUUGGGAGUCACAGUGUCAGAAAAACGCAGACUCCUACUCUUCUCUCCACUUUGGGCAUUCCACGGGUCAGGAGAAUCGAAAGGACUGACCAUGAUUAUGUCAGGUUUUUGGUUUUGUUUAGUUUUUUUUUUGCCCUCUUUGGUCAUUUCAUCAAUAACGAAGGACAUCAUCCUCCAUUUCAGACCAAAUCCAGAGUAUAUACUACCACGGGACACAUGGCACAGUGGUCCCCUACACCUUCAUUAUCAUCUUGUAAAUACAGUUAGAAAAUUAUAAAUAUGAAUAUAUAUUUACACUGUACUCUUAUUUUUAUUACCAUAAUUGAUUUAUUUUGUUUUGUACAAGGAUGCUUUUGUUUGAUCCAUUUUUGAAUAUAGUCUGUAGGGGCAGUUGUUACAUGAGAAUAUCUUAAAUGGCCAGUUUGUUGCUGUAUUGCAGCUUGAUUCCCCUCAAUUUACAGUACUGCAUAAUCACGAAUGGAAAAAUAUGUAUCGGGUUUUCUAUUUUUUAAAUAUAUUUUCAAGUGCUUUUAACGACACAACCUGCAAUAUAAUGUAACUAAGUGUUUGUGGUGUUUCUCCAUCAGAACUCAGCCUCUUCUGCUCAUGAAAAUAGAUUUCCUAUGAAAUGUUCCCCUCUGUGUGAGUGUGUGUGUGUGUGUGUGAUUGUGUUUGUGUGCAUGCAUGUGUGUAUGAGCGACGGAAAGAGCUGGGUGUGCGUGGAGUUUUAUCUUGUCCCAUUCAACAUCGGUCAUUUACUGCGAGGAUGGUCACAACUGUAAAUAUUCCCGGUUGUCUGCCAUGCUUGUUAAAGCCCAGAGUCCUUUUCUUCAGUCAACAUCAUGCACUUCCACUGUGCGUGCCUUUCAUGUGAUGAACUUUAUCUUCUACUGUAAAUGCUUUAACAGGAGUUACAUUUGCUGCCAUAUAACUUCUGAUGAAGGGUUGCAGAACACGUAUGUCAUCAUAAAAGGAUACAUUAAAUAAAAUGCUAUUGAAAAACAAA